AUGGUUGUUGCUGUAAGUGAAGUGACAACAUAUUUACUCACAAGUUCAAUUCUUUUCUUCAUCCGUUAUAUGCCAUCAUCCUUUACCAUUCCUAAUAUAUUAUCAUCCUUUUACCAUUCCUUAUAUGUCAUCAUCUUUUUUACCAUUUAUUAUAUGUCAUCAUCCUCCACCAUUCUUUAUAUGCCAUCAUCCUUUUACCAUUCCUUAUAUAUAACCAUCAUUCACCAUUCCUUAUAUAUAAUCAUCCUUUUACCAUUCCUUAUGUGCCAUCAUUCUUCGCCAUUCUUUAUAUGCGAUCAUCCUUUUACCAUUUCUGAUAUAUCAUUAUCUUUCACCAUUCCUUAUAUACCAUCAUCCUUUUACCAUUUCUUAUAUGCCACCAUCUUUUGCCAUUCUUCAUAUGUCAUCUUCCUUUUACCAUUCUUUAUAUGUCACCAUCCUUCACCAUUCCUUAUAUGA